AUGGUGGCCGGAGGAAGAGACGCCACCGUUGGCGUCGGCGUGGCGGUUUUAAUGGUGGUCUUAGGGAUUCAGAUUUGCUCGGCGCAGAUUACCAGAAGCCGUUUUCCCACUGGAUUUGUUUUCGGAACUGCUUCCUCUGCUUUUCAGUACGAAGGCGCUGUAAAGGAGGAUGGAAGGGGACCCACAAUUUGGGACACAUUUUCUCAUUCAUUUGGAAAGGUGCUUGAUUUCAGUAAUGCAGAUGUUGCAGUGGACCAGUACCACCGGUAUCCGGAAGACAUUAAACUUAUGAAGGAUAUGGGUAUGGAUGCCUACCGAUUCUCCAUUGCUUGGUCUCGGAUCUUCCCAAAUGGAAGUGGAGAGAUCAAUCAAGCUGGAGUUGAUCAUUACAACAAUUUCAUCAAUGCUUUGUUAGCCAAUGGAAUUGAACCCUAUGUCACUCUCUAUCACUGGGACCUUCCUCAAGCCCUAGAAGACAAAUACACCGGCUGGCUCAGCCCCCAAAUCAUAAACGAUUUCGCUGUUUUCGCCGAGACGUGCUUUCAGAAGUUCGGCGAUCGAGUAAAGCAUUGGAUUACUUUCAACGAACCCCAUACCUUCGCUACACAGGGCUACGAUGUCGGUCUCCAGGCGCCGGGGCGCUGCUCCAUUCUUCAUCAUCUUACUUGUCGGAAUGGCAAUUCUCUAACUGAGCCUUACAUUGUUGGCCACAAUAUUCUCCUCUCUCAUGCCGCCGUCUCCGAUAUUUACAGAAGAAAGUACAAGAGGACACAGAAGGGAGUGAUUGGGAUCUCGCUUGAUGUUAUCUGGUUCGAACCAGGUUCGAAUUCCACUGAAGACAUUGAAGCAACUCAAAGAGCUCAAGAGUUUCAGCUUGGAUGGUUUCUCAACCCGUUGAUCUUUGGAGAUUAUCCAACCUCCAUGAAAAGCAGAGUUGGGGGCCGGCUACCGACGUUCUCGCAGCCGCAGGCAGCUUUGGUGAAAGGGUCUCAGGAUUUUGUUGGUAUAAAUCACUACACCACAUUUUAUGCUUAUCACAACCGCACAAACCUUCUUGGGGUUGUCCUGAAUGAUACCAUUGCUGAUUCUGGUGCCUUCACCGUUCCAUUCAAAGGCCUGAAAACCAUUGCAGAAAGGGCAAGUUCUAUAUGGUUAUACAUAGUUCCUCGUGGGAUGCGAAGUUUGAUGAAUUACAUCAAGAACAACUAUGGAAACCCACUAGUGAUCAUCACUGAAAAUGGGAUGGACGACCCAAAUGAUCCACUGAAACCACUUAAAGAAGCAUUGAAGGAUGAGAAGAGGAUCAGAUACCACAAUGGGUACUUAACAAACCUGUUGGCCGCCAUCAAGGAAGAUGGUUGCAAUGUGAAAGGGUAUUUCGUGUGGUCUUUGUUGGAUAAUUGGGAGUGGUCAGCUGGUUUCUCUUCAAGGUUUGGCCUUUACUUUGUUGAUUACAAGGAUAAGCUGAAGAGAUACCCCAAGGACUCGGUUCAAUGGUUCAAGAAUUUCUUGGCUUCUUAGAAGUCUGAGAAUCUGAAAGAAGGCUAAUUCUACAGUUUGGUGCUUUUGCUUUUGUUGUCAUUGGCUACAUUAUUGUGGAGCUAAUCCUAAUCGUGCACUUUAAUUUCUAUUGAUGAGUGUGAAAAUGACAUGAGAUUUUUGAGUUAAAAAGUAAGAGAUUUGAAGUCCUGAUCUCUCAAUUUUUAUAAUUAAUUUAAUACAAGAA